CUCUGAAGUUGGCGGACCUGUUGUAGAUUGUUGGUGAUUGUUGGUCGUAUAUAAUCACACAAAUGUAUUGACCAUUUUAUGCGCGUGUCGUUUAGGAUAGCAAUGAUGUAAAUUAAACUAGGUUAUCAAUUGUUGAUGAUAAUUGGUAAAAUUCUCUAAUGAAUUUCAUCUUCGCUAACGUUGAGCAUCUUGCAUACGUGGCAGACUAUACCACCAAUCAGCAAACACGGGAUUUCGAUAGGCGUGGCUUUGAAACACGUAUGCUUGUCUCUAUGUUCAGUCGCCAUAAUUCUUAAGAAGUCGUUGCUUGUGAAUUGAAGUGGUUCUUUGAAAAAGAGCGGAUUACGUUGUAUAUCUUGCAUUAAUUUAAUCGUAUUCAUUUAUUUUAAAUAAUUGGAAAAAAGAUAUAAGAGAUGGAUAUGCAAACAGCAUUAGUAUGUAUAGGGGCAGUAAUUGUCUCAGCAAUUAUACUUUGUUUAUCCAUAUUUGGAAUAAAAGAAAAAUCAUAUGAAGAAGCUAUUGCCGAACAAAGAAAACUUCCUGAUGAUCUUUUAUUAAGUAAAAAGGAUAAGAGUAAAGAAAAAAAACAUAAGAAUAAAUCUGGCAAGAAAGUAAAAGAAAAGAAAGAAGAAAAAGAAGAUAAAGAGGAAAAAGAUGAAAAACAGGAACACGUUCAGUUCGAAGAAACUCCACAGAUAUUGUCUUCUGAAUUACCUCUACAGGAGGUUAAUAAAACAAGUAAGAAGAAAGGCAAACCUGAAAAGGUAAAGCCAAUCCUCAUAAAUAAAGACGAACCUUUGGCUAUUGUGACCGAAUUAAGUUCUUCGCAGCCUAUUUUGGGAGAAACUAAUCAUUUUGAGCUCAUUCAACCGAAGGAUGAUCUCGAACUCAUACGGAGUCAUAGUAAAGAAAAUCUUCAACAAAUUAAUCAGUCUGAGUCAAUAGUAAGUAAAUCUCCGAAGGAAACUCCUACAAAAGUGAAAAGAAAUAUUAAAGAACCAAUUAAGAAAAAAGAUGAAAAUGUAAAAGAAGAGAAAAAAGAAACAAGUAUUAAUGUAAAUGCACCAUCUGUUGCGAAUAAAGAAGGUGUAAAAGAGACUAAAGAUCAACAGAAAGAAGCAAUAAUAAAGGAUACAAAAGAAGUGGUUAAAGAUCCUGUACCCUCUGUUCAAUUAUCAAACAAGGAAUCGAAGAAAACAAAGAAAAAAAAUGAUAUUCUUGCUCAGAUCGGUGGUGAUAAAGAUGCUGUUAAUGUUUCGCUUUUGAUGCUUUUUAUUCAAAAAGCUGAACUCAGUCGCUCAGAAAUACAAAUCCUUAUUGAUCAACUUUUAAAUAAACAAUUAGACAAUCCAUCAGAACAUUCAGAGUGGACUGAAGGUCGUGCUGAUCCUGUUAUUAAAUUAAAAAAACAAUUAGCAGAAAAGGAAAAAGCAUUGACUGAUGAGCAUGAAGUUAGCAUUGCUUUUCAAAAUAAAGUAAAAGAAUUGCGUGCUGAAUUUAAUGCAGAAAAAUCUAGAUUAUCUGCUAAUGUAAGGCAACUGGAGGAAGCACUCAACAAUAAAAUAACAGAAGCUCAGACUUUACAUACACGUAUGCAGCAUAUAUUAGAAAGCCAUGCUGUAGAGAAACAAGGAUUUGCUAGACAAAUUGAACAAUUACAAACGAAAGUUAAUGAGGAUACUGCAAUUAUUCAUAAAAUGCAAGAAAAUCAAGAUCAAACUCAGGGUCAUAUGCAGCAAGAAUUAAUAGCACAACGUAAACAAAUGGAAGUUCAAUUUGCUCAAAUGCAUGAAAAUGAAACUGCAUUAAAAGGACAAUUGGCACAAAAACAUGUGGAAGUACAAGAAUUGCAAAACGAGUUGCAAGUAUCUUGUGCUAACAGUACAGCUGAAAUAGAGAUGUUGCAGCAGCAAUUAAGCAUAAUGCAAGGUCAAUUGAUACAUACAGAGCAACAAUUACAACAUUUUAAGGAAACUAGUGACAGACUCCAAGAUGUUGCUAGACAGUUAGAGGAAUCUCAUCGUGCUCAUGCUGAUGUAGAUCACAGAUUAAAAAAUUCACACCGACAUGAACAAGAAUUACAGAAACAAGUAAAUUCACUGCAGACAGAGUUGAAUGUAGUAAAAGUAGAAGCUAAUGAAGUUUCUUCUUUGAAAUCUGAAUUAACUAAAGUUCAAGCUGAAUUACUUAAAGUAGAAUCGGAAUUAUCAUUAUCAAAGAAUGAAGCAAAAUCUGAAGCUGCAGAAAUUACAACAUUAAAGACUGCAUUGUGUAGCAGAGAAGAAGAACUUAAAAAAUGUAAAGAAGAACUUGAUUUUAUUUAUAAUGACUUAAAGAAAUCUAAAGAAGAAGUGAAGCAUAUUGAAUCUAGAUAUAAUGAUAUGAAAAAGGAAUUAGAAAGAUCGAGAACCGAUUCUGAUAAAGCAGUCAGUAAUAUUGCACAAUUAACAGAUGAAGUUGUCAAAUAUCAUAAUAAAUCACAUAAUCUUCAAGAGGAGCUCACACAACUACAGAUAGUACUUGCAAAAGCACAUGAACAAAUUAAAGCAAACAAUGAAGCUGGAAACGAAUUAAAAGUUUUAAAAGCUGAAAUACAGAGACUUCAGACAAAUGAAAAAAAAUCAAGCGAAACACAAAUUCAAAUUGCAAGAUUACAGGAAGAGAAUGAUAGACUUUCAGCUCAGCUUGUGAAUUUUAUGGAGAUGCAAAAGGAAAUUAAAAAAUUGCAUGAAGAAAAUGAAUCUUUAGCUUCUCAAUUGACAGCAACUACUGAACGUCGUGCUGCAGAUGGUCAUGAAAAUGGAAUCGAGGAGAAAUUGCAGAAGAAUAAUACGGAAUUACUAGAACAUGCUAAUUUGUUAGCACAGAAAGAUAGUCAGUUAGAUGCUUUAAAAACAGAAUUAACACAUAAAGAAGCAAAACUCAAUCAGUUAAACGCACAAGUUGAUGCAUUACAAAGUGAUAUGAGUAAUCAGAAUAGUUUAGUUGCACGACUGCAAAAUGAUUUGGAUGCACAAAGAUCGAAAAACAAUGAGCUACGUACUAAAAACUGGAAAGUGAUGGAAGCUCUUUCUGCCGCUGAGUCGCGUGCUAAAUCUAACAAUGGAAAAGGCAUUGUUGAUACAACACAAAAAAUCAAGGCAGAGCAACAGGAACUGACCAAAGCAUUUUUACAAAGGGUAUUUCCAGAAAUAAAAGUUACAGAAACUUCACACGAGCAAUGGCUAAAUGCCUUUGAAAAUAAAGUAUACUCUUUUAUAAAUACAUUAAAAGAUAAAAAUAUAAUGGAUAUAAAUACAGAUAUAGAAAAACAAAAUAAAAAUUUACAAGGCAUGGUUUCACAUUAUAAACAAAUUAUUGAUGAUACAGAAGGCAUGCUUAAUAAAUUGCAAAGUUAUAUAGAAUCUGAAGAAACUAGAUGGCAAACACAAUUGCAGCAGAAGGAAAAUGAAGUUUGUAAUCUUAGGCUAGAAUUGACUGAAUUACAAACAAAAUUAAGCACAAAUGAAAAGUUUCGGGAGAAAAUAUCUGAAUUGGAAGCUAAAUUACAGGAUGCUCAAUCUUUAAGAGAACAAACAAAUGCUGAAUUAUCAAUUCUAAAAGUUGCACAGAAAUCUGUUGCAAAUGGAAAUAUGUGCAAUCAUGAUCUUGCCGCUUUAGAAAAACUUCAAGAGGAGAAGACACGGUUAUCAGAAGAACUUCAGAUGGAAAGAAAUAAAAGGACAACAUUAGAUGCAUCAGUAGCCAAAUUACAUGCUCUAGUAGAAACUAGUGAAUCCAGUUUAGCACAAGAAAAAAAUCUUGUAACACAACUUCAACAAGAAAUAUCACAGCUAAAGAAUGAGGUAUGUGGUGGUUGUAGCAGUUCUGAACAAUCCAUGUUGAAUGGCCCUCCCACUUCUGAUUCUCCUAUGUCUGAGCAGUUAAAUAAUUGUAUAUCUGAAAUGCAGACGCCCCUAGCAGCACAAAGUCUGAUUGCUGCAUUACAAAGUACUCUCCUCAAGAAUACAGACUUUGCAAACUGUCCCAUGACCAAGUCUAUGAAUUUGGUUCAGUCUCAACAAGAAAUUGACAACAGCUCUCUUACUUCAAAAUACUCCUCCAAAUCUUGUCAUAUGACAGAUCACAAUACACAGGCUAGUUGGAAUCCAUUGAUUGGCCAGCAACAUAAAAAACACAAGAAAAAAAGGAAGGGUGGUUCAGGAAAAAAGUAACUUCAAAGAACAAACUACGUUAAUUCUAUGUAAAGGUUAGAUGGUAAAAAGAAAUUGGAAUAAAAUAUAAAAUGUAUAUGGAAUCAGACUGUACACAUAAAUGGCAUACUUUGCUACUGAGAAGACUAAUAUAACAAUUAAAAUAUAUUACGAAUAUAAUGUUUAUUAUGAAGAAUACCAUAUUUUAUUAUGUGGAGAAAAUGUAAACAAUUAAACAUAUAGUUAGUAAAUAAGAGACAUUGAAGCUGAUAUUUGCGAUCAUUAUUACUAGGAAGCAUAAGUAAUAAUAAUGUAAGAAUUAUAUUAUUUGUGCAUUAUACAUUUUUUAUUUUUUAUAUGUUUCAUAUAAUUAAAUUUUAUUUCUGUUCUUAAAACAUAAUGUUCAAAUUGUUUGGAAGGUUUUAUAAUUACGUUAUGUUUGAAAUUAAAAUUCAUUCAGUAUAUUGAUAAUGUCUCUUUUUUUCUAACAAAAGUUUUUAAAUUUACAUAUACGUAUAAUGAAAUCAUUUAUGUAAAUGAAUUUCUCCAUAUGUGACAGGUAUGGUUAAUAUCACAUUUUUUAGACAUUUUUUCACAUUGUUAAAGCAUUUGUAUACAAAGCUAAAAUCGUUAAGAGAUUAUAUGUGCAAUAAACGAACAAGAUGAAAUAAUCUUAUACAUAAAAAAAAAGAAAAGAAAAGAAUUUAUAGUAUAUGAUCAGGAUAGUUCUCUGGAUUAUAAGCCAAACUGUUUUCUUAGAGGAGUAAUACAUGGAUAUAUACUUAUGCAGGCCUAUGUAUAUAGAAUUGCAUAGGCAACACCAAAUUUUGCUAAACAGAUUGAGAAUUUAUAUUAUUGCGAAAUCUUAUAAAUAUCUUAUUUAGUGCUAACCAUAAAGGUCAAUGAAAAGCACAGAGUUUGAAGCAUUUAGAGAACUUAGUUAUAUAAUUUCGAUAAAUUUGUUUUGUUUCAUUAACUUUGAGUAAUAAAGUUGUGAGUCACAAUAAUGAAAAUACUCUAAUGACAUGACAAGCAGUUCGUUCAUAUUGGAUGAAAAAAUCAAAUUUUCUGAGAUUAUAUAAAAUCUAAUAAUGGAUUAACUAAUAUAAUUUAAAUGUCUUUUUUAUCGCAUAUAUAUAAUUAAGGUGAAAACAAAUUAAAAACAGCAUUUCUCUUCUUACAAUUAAUUUGAUAAUACAUCUUCAAUAUACUUUCCAUUGACCUCAAAUGAUCUAUAUCAUAUAAUUUAAUAAUUAAUCUGAUCGAGUAAUUAUAUUUCAUUGAUUUUAUAAACAAUAAAGUGGAUCGUGCAUUGUACUUAUUCGUAUCUUAUAUAAUGUUUAAAGACUUAGAAUUAGUUCAUUAAAUUUCAUUGUUUUUCUUUUUGUUUUUUUAAUCUCAUAUUAAUAUUAUAUGAUUUUGAUCGAUAAUAUGUGAACAUAGUAUCAGAUAAAAUUGUAGCAUAUGAGCAAUUUUGAGGAAUUUGAAAACACUUUAACACAUUGUUGAAUCAAUGCACAAUAAUUAUGUAUUCUUCUAUUAAUAUAUUUCUCGUAAAUCAUUCUGAUAACGAGAUUACUUGUUUUCACUUUUAGGAAUUAUAAUUGUAGCUUCCACGUAAUAUUAAUAAAAACAACGGAAUAAAGUUAUAGUGUCAAAAACAACUGUUUAUUGUUUAUAUUUUUAUUAAUGUUUUAAUAACAAAAUACUCUUGAUUAGAUAAUAUUAUGUCGAUAAAUUAAUCAGUUCAAAAAUCCUGGUAGUGUGUCAGGUAUUAAUUGUAAUAUAAAAUAAGAAUUAUAUAUAUGGAAAUAAAUGCACGUAAUUAAA